AUGCCAUCAGUAACUGUCCACCUCAUCCGCCACGCCCAAGGCUUCCACAACCUGGGCGUCGAGUUUCAUUCCCUUACAGACCCUCGCCUCACACCUCUCGGCCAAUCACAAUGUCUGGACCUCCAGAAAGCCCACUUCCCACCUACAAGCCAACGCAGGAUCUCUCUCAUCGCAGCGUCACCGCUAAACCGAACACUACAUACCGCCUUCAUUACAUUCCAGCCACUGCUCGAUAGUACUCACCCUGAUCACGCGGAAGCGAGCCAGGGUAGCAAGUUGCGAAAGCCAGAGAUCUUCGCCUUGCCAGACGCCCAGGAGACGAGUGACUUCCCUUGCGACACCGGCUCGGCGCCCAAUACGCUUGCCGAGGUGGUAAAGGAGCAGAAGUGGCCGGUCGAUCUCAGCUUACUCAACGAGCAGUGGACGAACAAGGCUCUUGGAACACGCUACUCGCCAAACGCAAAUGCUAUUAAGGCCCGAGCCAAGACUGCAAGGACAUGGUUGCGCGAGAAGGCCGCUGAGCUGCUUCAGCAGUAUCCUGAUGAGGACGUGCAGCUGGUAUUGGUCACGCAUGGUGGAUAUUUACACUACUUCACUGACGACUGGGAGGACGCUACAAAGGGCCUUGGGACGGGGUGGGACAACUGUGAGACAAGAGCUUAUGUGUUUGAAAAUGGCAUCGUGGCACCCGAAGGCACGGACCCCGAUGUCGAUGCUAGGCUGGUCGAGACACUGGACUCUAGAAAGCGAAGAGGAAAGCAAGGGCCGACGUUAGGAUGGGAAGAUCAAAGGAAGUGGGAAGAGAAGACAUACGAGGGAUGGCAGAAGGUUGGGUUGCAGAGGCCGGAUGAGAUCGGAGUAGAGGGCAAGGAGUGGAAGAGCGGGCUCAACGUGCAGAAAACGGAGGCUGCGUUGAAGCACGAGCAGCAGACAAGCGAUCAAGAUGCCGCAGGACCUGGCGUUCGGCAAGUGGAAAGCGAUAACAUUGCCUCAGACAUGGCUGGCGAACUGCAACGCGAGCGACGAUCGAGCGUUACUGUUAGGGCGCAGGCUUGA